UUGGAACCCGGCGGGUUUCUUGAGAUUCAAGAUGCACUGCUCUGUUUCAGGUGCGACGAGAGAUCCCUCAAGGGAACUGCGAUAGAGAAGUGGGCGGAAAAACUUCACAAGGCAGCGUGGAAAUCUGGGAAAGACUGGGCUUGUCCAACGAAAUACAAGCUAUAUAUGGAAGAUGCCGGAUUUGUCGACGUAAAGGAAGUCCAACAUGACAGGUGGCCUAUAAAUCCCUGGCCUAAGGGCAAGGAUGAAAAAGAAAAAGGGAUGUGGUGCUUACAGAAUCUUCUGUUGGGACUUGAAUCGAUUUCAAUGGCUCUUAUGACCCGAUACCUGGGCAUGUCAGUGUGGGAGGUACGCGGGGAUCUUGAAUGUGUGGAGAAGGAGAUCAAAGACCGAAAGACUCAUGCGUACAUUCCUAUGUAA